ACAGAGAUGUUUAAAGCUAAAGUGCAGUCCAGCCCUUUUCGUGGUUUGACACCCUGGUCCCUGUCAUAUGACUUACAUUUCCUGGUACAGUCGGCGGCGGCUCUGCUACAGCUCAAACAUCGCUGACUGAGCGUCCCUGCCGGGUUUUUUUCAUUCUUUCUCCGGUGACUGACACUCCAAACUACUGGGCGACCAUGUCCCGAUAUGCUGCAUUUGUUUUGCUCCUUGCCUCUGGGAUCGUCUUCCAGGGGUCACAUGGCACUCAGGUGAAUGUCACAGACCAAGAGGGCAAGUUAUGCCUCUUUGCCAACCUGACCGUCAACUUUGCCGUCUUAUAUGAAGUAAAAGCUGAUAAGAAUGUUACAAUCAGUUUUGAGCUUCCUAGUAAUGCCACAACAGAUGGAAGUAAAUGUGACACCAAAAGCUCAACGUUGAAGCUUAAUUUUGGAGACGGGCACUCCUGGAGUGUGGACUUCACCUUGAAUGGAGAUGUGUACCAGGCCGACUCCAUCACCUUCUCCUACAAUCUCAGCGACUCACGUCUCUUCCCUAACGCUUUAUCAAAUGAAACUGCAUCUGUGACCGUGAAGCCUCAGAUUACAAAUGUGGGUGUGGACACCUGCUACUCAUGCAAGAGCAAAGACAUGAUCCAGGAUGAGGUGGUCAAUAUGACCCUGUCGAACGUGCUCAUACAGGCUUUUGUCAGCAAUGGCAGCAAGAGUGAAAAGAUAACCUCUUGUAGUGCAGAUGUUCCCACAACCUCUGCUCCCCCCACCACUCACGCCACCAGUACAACCACUGCGGCUCCUGUCACAAACACCACUUCCACUGCUCUUCCUCCUACUACCACCCCGACCCCCACCCUCCCCACACCCACCACUGGGAAGUACAGCAUCAAGACCGAUAACAGCACAGCCUGUCUGUUGGCCAACUUCGGCCUCCGGGUUGGUUUCAAGCAAGGAGAGAAAUAUCAGGAGAUGAACCUCGAGCCCAACGGGACCAAAGUCACUGGAUCAUGUGGAGUCAACAUCAGUGAGCUGCAGGUGGCAUCAAACACAAUGACCAUCAUGUUCACCUUCACCAAUGACACGUCGAAAUUCCGCCUCCAUGCUCUCAACUUCACCGCAAAGACAAGCUCUGGUGUGGAGUUUUCUGAGGCGAACACCAACCUGAGUCUGUGGGAGGCGGCUCUCGGCAGCUCCUACAUGUGCAACAAAGAGCAGAACUACACCAUCACCAACCUGCUCACCCUCUACACCUUCAACCUACAAGUGCAGCCCUUUGAAGUCAAGAAGGAUGUUUUCAGUACAGCUGUGGAAUGCCAGGCCGAUGCGGAGAGCUUCCUUGUUCCCAUAGCUGUCGGAGUUGCCCUGCUUGUUCUCAUUCUUAUUGUUCUGCUGGCCUAUUUCAUCGGGAGAAAGAGAAACAUGGCUACUGGCUACGAGUCCUUCUAGUUAAAUUCGCUUCAUUUAGAUCUCUGUGCUAUACAAAGCAUAGUUGGUGAAUCGCUGCUUGUUUUCCUCACUACCUUUGACUAAUUGUGAAAAAUUACUAACGUGUUGUUUUCAUGUUUCCAUGUAGUGUUUACUGCUGUUGACUGACUGACUGUAUUUGUAAAGGAAUAGUUCAACAUU